UGCACACCCACACCCUUGAGUCAAUUGUGUUCAUCUUCUGUGCCCUGUCAGUUUUCGACCAGUCAGAACAUCAGUGACUGUGAUGAAGCUGUCCAGGAUCGUAGUGGGUAGGAAUUUCUUCACAUGGCUUCCGAAGACGUGACCAUUACGGUUCGCCUCAUUCGUUCAUUUGAGCAUCGCAAUUUCAGACCUGUAGUAUAUUAUGGAGUUCAUUUGGACCAAACUGUAAAGGAAUUUAUAGUAUUUCUAAAGCAAGAUAUCCCUUUGAGGACCAGCCUGCCACCACCAUUCAGAAACUAUAAAUAUGAUAAACUAAAGAUUGUUCAUCAAGCACAUAAAUCAAAGACAAAUGAACUUGUGUUGAGUUUGGCAGAUGAUGACAGACUCCUGUUAAAAGAAGACAGCACCCUAGCUGGAAUCGCCAAUGAAACUGAAAUUGCAUUCUUCUGUGAAGAUGACUAUAAGAACUACAAAGCUAAUCCCCUUUCAUCCUGGUGAAAACUUCACAGGGCUUCCUUUUUGCAUACUUGUAUUAAGCUCUUUAUUCUACUGGUGAGUUUUUUAAAUUGACAAAUAAACUUGAAAAAAUUAAUCCCAAGCUCUGCCAUUUGAGGUAAAAUCUGCGGUGUGUUCUCUCUUCUGCAGGUCUCAUUUUUUUCUUUCUUGUUGUAAAAUAAUAUAUUUAUUUAUGGGGAAAACAUGUGAUUUUUUUAAGUGAAAGAAAUAGUUAU